AUGCCUCCCCGCUCCCAGCUUGAGAUCAACACCUCCUCUGUCCUUCGCUUGGUGAAGGAGGAGGCCUCUUAUCACCGCGAGGCAGUGGAGCAGGUUGAGCGUAUCAAGAAGCUUGAGAACGACAAGAGUGAGGAUGAGAAUCGCGAGUAUUUGUUGCAGCAGGAGCACCGGGCUCUGGAGGAGACCAAGAAGGUGUUCCCUUCUUUGAAGAAGAAGCUCGCCGAGACUGUGGCGGAACUGCAGUCCCUCAUCGCUGAGGAAGCUGCCAAGGGCUCUGAGAGCAAUGUGGCCCAUAUCACCGCCGCAAAGGAGGCCAUCGCACAGGCCAAGACCGCAGAGCGCGAGGUCUCUUGA